CACACAAAACCUAAGAUUUGAAUAAAUCCCUAAGAAUCUGAAACCAUUUUCAGCGGAAAUGAUGGCCGGCUACGCCGUCAAGGGAAAUGACAUCGAGGCUGGCGGGAAGAAUGGCGGCGGCGGAUUGUACCCUGGGAUGAUGGAGAACCCGCAGAUGCGUUGGGCCUUCAUCCGCAAGGUUUACGUCAUCGUUUUCGCCCAACUCUUCAUCUGCACCGCCGUUUCCGCCGCCAUGUUCUUCACGCCCGCCGUCAAGACGUUCAUGGCUACCACCAACGGGCUGAUUGCCCUCAUUGUCUUAGUCAUCCUCACCUUCAUUCUAAGCAUAGCAAUGGGAUUCUGCAGCCAGAAACAUCCAUGGAACUAUGUUCUUUUGGGGCUCUUUACUGUCUCAAUGGCUUUCAUGAUUGGAGUGGUGUGCACUUACAAAAAAGGAAUGCCAAUUAUGAUAGCUGCGGGUGUGACCGCAGUCGUGUUUGUUGCUCUUACCUUGUACACAUUCUGGGCUGCCAAGAGAGGCUCUGAUUUCUCCUUUCUUGCCCCCUUCUUGAUCUGUGCUCUCAUGGUGCUCCUCAUCUUUGGUCUCAUCAGGAUGUUUGUUCAUAUGGGGAGCAUUGGGCAGUUGAUAUACGGGUGUUUGGGGGCGCUCGUCUUUUCGGGGUUCAUCAUAUAUGAUACCGAUAAUUUGAUCAAGCGAUUCAGCUAUGACGAAUAUAUUGCUGCAGCUUCUUGUCUGUUUAUGGAUAUCAUCAACCUUUUCUUGGCUAUUCUUAAUAUAUUGGAGGGCUCUGAUUGAAGGGGGAGAAGAUUCGAUGUCUUAAAAUCUAUACUAUAUUUAAAAAAGAGGGAAAUUUUUUCCUGCCCAUAUGGAAACACAAGAAAGGUAUUUAAGGAAUUAAGUGAUUACAGAAAAGGAAAUCCCGUGCAUAUAUUAAAUAAAUACACAGUAUAAAAUUCAUAUACUCCCUCCGUCCCAUAAAGUAUUACCCAUUUUGACUAAAGUUGAAAUUAAGGGAGGGAUAAUUUUGUGUUGACUUUCCAAAAAUACCCUUGAUGUGAUGGGUAAAAGUAGGAUGUGAUGUGUAGAUUAUUAGGAAAAAGGUAUGAUGUGAUAGGUAGGGUUUGAAAAAGUAAAGGGUAAAAGUGGUU